AUGAAGUCGGCUAACGACCAAGAUAUCAAUGAGCACAAUGCCUGCUCCUCUAUCUUUCAGAUCGACCGAGUUGAGGAAGCGAAAGUUGUGAAGAAGAUCGAUCGUGCGAUUACCCCCAUUCUACUCGUUGUCUAUCUCUCAUGCUUCAUUGACAGAUCAAACAUCGGCAAUGUAAAAGUUGCAGGCCUUCUUGAUGACAUUGGCGCAACGGAGCGACAAUUUUCGACUGCCGUAUCUCUGUUCUUCGUCACUUACGUCCCGGUCGAGGUCCCCGCUGUUAUCCUCGUCAAGCGCUUCGAACCAAGAUUCGUCUUAACUAUCCUUUGUAUCAUCUGGUCGGUCACCACAAUCGCUAAUGGCCUUAUAAAAAACAUUGGUGGGCUAUAUGCCUGUCGGCUUAUCCUCGGAGCUUGCGAGGGAGGCCUGUUUCCGUCUCUCAAUAUGUACCUCACAAUGGUUUACAAACGAAACGAGCUGGCCAAGCGUACAUCCUACCUUGUUUCAUGUACAGCAUUAUCCGGUGCCUUUGGUGGGCUUCUUGCCUAUGGCUUGCUACAAAUGGAUGGUGUCGGAGGAUACGCAGGCUGGAGAUGGGUCUACAUUGUCGAAGGAGCUUUCAGCGUUCUUUGCGCUUUCGCAGUUUGGUUUGGGCUUCCCAGUGACAUUCGAAAGGCGUAUUUUCUCAACGAAAACGAACGUCAACUCAUGGAAGUACGUCAUCAAGAGCGUCUGGACUACAUGGGAAGCGAUGAGCUUGAUUGGCAGGAGAUCAAACUUGCGUUCUUGGACGCAAAGACUUGGCUAUCUGCUUGGACCCAGUUUUGCCAAAACAUUUUCACCAAUGGCUUUGGAACAUUCUUGCCUUCAAUUCUUCGAGCCAUGGGACAUGGCACGCUGGCGGCGAAUUAUUUGACUAUCCCAGUCUACUGUCUAGGGGCUUUGGCGUUCUUCACCUUUGCUUUCUUGUCUGACAAGUAUGGGAAAUGCGGUUUCUUUUUGUUCAGCACGAACAUCCUGGGCGCCGUCGGCUACGCGAUUCUUAUCGGUGUCAGUAAUAACGCCGUGAAGUACUUCGCCUGCUUUGUAUGCACUAUUGCUGUUUACAAUGGAACUGGCCUCAACCUUGCCUGGCUCAAUGUCAAUAUGGCCCCGCAGUAUCGACGAGCCACGGCCAUCGGCAUCCAGCAGACUAUCGGAAACUCGGCCGGAGCAGUUGCGGGACAGAUAUACAGGAGUUCCCCCUACUUGCUCGGCAAUAUCUUCUCUCUUGGUGCCAUCUUUGUCGCGGAAUUUCUGUGCAAUGGGAAGUACGAGGCGCUGUCGUACACUUGGGGUGAUCCGAACGACAGGACUCAGAUCUACCUUGACGAUCGGCCUUUCAGCGUAACAGCAAACCUCGAAAGCGCGCUGCGUUGCCUUCGCCUGCCAGACACCGACCGAGUGUUGUGGACGGAUUCGAUUUGCAUCAAUCAGAAGAAUGUUUCAGAGGCCAACAUCCAGGUUCAAAGAAUGUGGGCUAUCUACAAGUAUUCCUCGAGGGUAGUUGUUUUCCUCGGAAGGGAGGCGAAAGGCACAACAAGCAUUGCUGGGCUACUCAGGAGGCUAACAGUAGAUGUCUUGCCAAAAGACUAUCGAGCCAUCACUUCAAUUCUUCAAGAUAAAUCUGAAGCAGCCUCGUGGAAAGCUUUGGACGAACUUAUGAAGCGGCCCUGGUGGAGCAGAGCAUGGAUCGUCCAGGAAUUCGCUGUGAAUCGAGAGGUUGUCUUCAUCUGCGGGGCAGUUGAGAUUCCCGAGAGAAUUUUUGGAAGUGCACUUGAAAUCCUGGUCGACUACAGUUUCAACGCCAUCGUUCCCAAGCCGCUGCAGUACUUCGUCCGGCACAUAGCUUCAACCCCCAUAAGUCAUCUAUGGACUGUCAGAAGAGCGUACCAAAAACAUGGGUUGGACGAACGAAUGCGAGACCCGGCAAAUAUGCUGUACCGGUUCCGUGGCUUCAAAUCUUUCGAUCCCCGGGACAAGGUUUACAGUCUUUUUCGCCUCAUGGACGAGGACGCUGAUCUGAAACCAGAUUACAAUAAGCGAGUGAAAGAACUUUACAAAGACGUAGUGCGGGUCUCGAUCAAGACGUCUGAUACUCUUCAGGUUCUGUGCCAUCACAAUCGAACCAUCCAAGGUAUACGUGGUUUGCCAACUUGGUGUCCUGACUGGACCGUCAUGCGGGGGCGAAGAAUACUUUUGUGGCCAAAUGGGUAUUCCGCAGGGGGCACUGGCACGGCAUCUACUCGAUUCGAUGGCAAUAGGUUGUACCUUAAGGGGAAACUCUUGAGCAGGGUUCAGUGGCUGGAGGCCUUUGAUUCGGAUAUGUUCUCAGACAAUUCUGUUGUCUUCAGCCGUAUUAAAGCUAUCGAGACUGAAAUAUUGAGUCGCUCGGAGGCCCUUUUCGCUGCUGGACAGAAGCUCUGGCCAUCUCUGGACUCUUUCCGUGCGACGCUCGUCGGAUCUUGA